AUGCACCUCUCAUCCAUCCUCCUCACCUCCCUCACCCUGGCCCUUACCCAAGCCAGCAUCUGGCCCGCCCCCAAGAAGCUCACGACGGGCAACACAACACUCUUCAUAGACGAGUCCUUGAAGAUAACCUACAAUGGUGACCCUGUACGCUGGAACUCCCCCUCCCUCCAUGACACCGGCGGCGCCUUUGCGCAGGAUGCUGAGACCCUUUUGAACAUGCAGCUCCCCUACACGUACAGCUACAAGCCGGACACCAGCUGCGCCUGGAGCAGCAAGGCUGUCAUCCAGGGCGCCGUGUCGCGCUCCCUGAACUCCAUCUUCCACCAAAACUUUGUGCCCUGGAUGCUCCACGAGAAGAACAGCCAGUUCGAGCCUGAUGUCCACGGUAGUGGCCAGGGCCGCGUCAAGUCGUUGAGCAUCACACAGAACAGCAAGAACGACAGCGAGAGCCCCUACACAUCCUUGGCCGAGGAUAUUGAUGAGUCGUACACCUUGAGCCUCUCUGAGGAAGGCGUCGCCGAGAUCAAGGCACCAACCGCCAUUGGCGUCCUGCGCGCGCUCGAGUCCUUCUCCCAGCUCUUCUACUCGCACACAACCGGCAAGAUUGGUGCCUACCGCAAGGGUCUCUCAUACACGCCCGAAGACAUCCAGUACAUCCACGAGUAUGCCGUUCACAGGGGCGUUCAGGUCAUAGUCGAGAUUGACAUGCCCGGUCACACGGGCUCCAUCGCCUUUGCGUACCCAGAGCUUAUCGUUGCGUACAACCAACAGCCAUAUCAGUGGUGGUGCGCCGAGCCGCCUUGUGGCGCCUUCAAGUUGAACAGCACCGCAGUCGACAGUUUUCUCGAUAAGCUCUUUGAUGAUCUGCUCCCGCGCGUCGCGCCAUACACGGCGUACUUCCACACUGGUGGUGACGAGCUGAACAAGAACGAUUCCAUGCUGGAUGAAGGUGUCCGCUCCAACUCGUCUCAAGUGCUGCAGCCCCUACUGCAGAGGUUCAUGGACAAGAACCACGCGCGCGUGCGUAAGCAUGGCCUCGUGCCGAUGGUUUGGGAGGAGAUGGCAACCGAAUGGAACAUCACCAUGGGCAAGGACGUUGUCGUUCAGACAUGGCUCGGUGAACCAUCGAUCAAGCAAGUGACGGGACUAGGCCACAAGGUCAUCGACAGCAACUACAACUUUUGGUACCUCGACUGCGGACGGGGUCACUGGCUCAACUUUGACAAUGGCGCCGCGUUCAAGGCGUUCUAUCCGUUCCAAGACUGGUGCUCGCCUGCCAAAGGCUGGCGAUUGAUCUAUUCGCACGACCCAGCGAGGGCCUGA